UCUCCAUCGAUUUCUCUGCUUCCUCAACCAUCCACAAGCUAGAGCACCAGUUCCUCCAAAUAGAUUGUCCCGACUCCAAGUAACACCACUGCCCCUCCAUCCCGACAUUGAGAGCUUCCGUCCCAUCGAUUGCACCCCUCAUUUCGUAUCAUAUAUCCAACCAUAACUAAUUCCGAAUAAUCACAAUGGCCGUCGGUCCAGUACCGACCCCGGAGCAGGUCUCCGAGCUCAAGGACAAGUACACCAACGCCGGCCAGGGCCAGGUGUUCACCUUCUACGACUCCCUUUCGAGCGAAGAACAGGCGCAGCUCUACAAGCAGCUCGCCGGUUUCGAUCCCCUCUAUAUCAACAAGAUUGCCGCCAAGGCGCUCACUCCUCAGUCCUCUGAUAGUGAGAAGCCCACCCUCGAGCCAUUGCCCGACUCGGCCAGAGCCAGUACCUUGGACUCCGAUAAACAGACUCAGGAUGAGUGGUGGAACCGCGGCCUGCAGCUGAUUGCUGACAAUAAGGUUGCUGUUGUCCUCAUGGCGGGCGGUCAGGGCACCCGUCUUGGCAGUUCUGCCCCCAAGGGCUGCUUCGACAUCGGUCUGCCCUCUCACAAGUCUCUUUUCCAGAUCCAAGCCGAAAGGAUCGCAAGACUGCAGGUGCUGGCUUCGGAACGCCGCGAGCAGGCCGGCUCCCCGGUGGUGCCAUGGUACGUCAUGACGUCCGGCCCUACUCGCAAGGCCACCGAGGACUUCUUCAAGACCAACAACUACUUCGGCCUCAGCCCCGACCAGGUUAUCAUCUUUGAGCAGGGCGUGCUUCCCUGCAUUUCCAACGAUGGCAAGAUCCUUCUUGAGAGCAAGUCUAGGGUUGCCGUCGCUCCUGAUGGCAACGGCGGCAUCUACAAUGCACUCGUUGACGCCAAGGUCCUCGAUGACAUGGCCCGCCGCGGCAUCGAGCACGUCCACGCCUACUGCGUAGACAACUGUCUCGUCAAGGUCGCGGAUCCUGUCUUCAUCGGCUACUGCGCUUCCCAGAACGUCGAUAUUGGUACCAAGGUGGUACGCAAGCGCAACGCGACCGAGCCCGUUGGACUUAUUCUCCUCAAGAAUGGCAAGCCGGACGUCGUCGAGUACAGCGAGAUCGACGACGCAGUUGCUGCCGAGGAGGACCCGGCGCAACCUGGAGUGCUCAGGUUCCGUGCCGCCAACAUUGUCAACCACUACUAUUCGUUCCGCUUCCUCAAGUCGAUUCCCGAGUGGGCGAGCAACCUGCCACACCACAUUGCCCGGAAGAAGAUCCCCUAUGCGGAUCUGGAGUCGGGAGAGACUGUCAAGCCUGAGAAGCCGAACGGCAUCAAGUUGGAGCAGUUCGUUUUCGACGUCUUCCCCUUGAUUGAGCUUUCCAAGUUUGCUUGCAUGGAGGUUAAGCGCGAGGAUGAGUUCAGCCCGCUUAAGAACGCCAGGGGAACGGGUGAGGAUGAUCCGGAUACCAGCAGGCACGAUAUCAUGGCGCAGGGACGCAGAUGGUUGGAGGCGGCUGGUGCCAAGUUUGCGGAAGGCGUGGAGGACGGCGUGGAGGUCAGCCCUCUAGUCAGCUACUGCGGCGAAGGCCUCCAAAGUUACGCCGACAGGAAGGUGGUAGCGGUUGACCGCAUUGAAUAGGGUUUUCGAUAGCUCCGCGAAUCCUGUUCAUUCACACUCCCGCCUCCCGCUCUUGACUUUCCCUAGCAUUAUGAAUAUCUAUAUGGACCUGGUUCCUUGGCCUCGCUCCACCCAUAUACUUCCCAUGCGGUUGUCCACCAAAACGUACAUGUUCCCGUUGUCAUCUGGCCCUAUUCAUUUGUUUCUUUUACCCUUGUCUACCAAUACGAACAUUCUCCUGGCCCGUCGACUACCCGUGUAUGCUGAAGACAGGACAUAUGGGACCUUUUCCAUACAUGGCUGAUCAGCAAGGAAAUGAAUGGGCCUUUCUGCCAUGAGCGUGCCGUAUCGGUCACCAUUGGUCAUCAUCAAACUUUGUAUGUGUGGCGAUUGGGAGGCGAAGCGAUUAGGCAAGGUCUACAAAACUAGCUUUGGUGCUUUCUACUUGGCGUAUCUGUCGGGUACUAGUUUAUAUAGGACGGCGAGCGUAGCGAGCGAGCUUUGCUGUUUGAACUACUUCAACUUGUAUCCAACUUACUUGCGAG